UCGCCACGUGGAACCCUCCUUUCAAAGUUCAAAUUCUUUUCCUGGUAUUUCUCUGUCAUUUUUCUCCUAAUCCAAACACUAUAGAUUUCUUUUAGUUUGUAGCUGAUUGUCGAAGCUCUUCAAUGGAGAGAAACUGUGCAAUGGUGACGAACACGAUUACUGUUGCGUUAAAAGAAGAAGAGAUUGAGCUUGAGCUAGGAUUGUCAAUAGGUGGAGGAUAUGAAAGGCCGGAAAAUUUGAAGCCGAUUAAGAAAGAGCCAGUGCAGGAUCAACAAACGAGCAAUUCGAAUUCUGAUGGCUCUGAAUCCGAUCCGCGUGAGAAAAACUACCACCAUCAGAGAUCUACUGUCUCGCCGUGUUUUAUCAGAGAUGCAGAGCAGGAGAUUGAUCUGCAGGUGAAGCGUGAGAUUCAGGCGGCCCGGAGGCAAGAAGCGAAGAAGAAGAGAGAAGAGAAACAGCAAAAGAAGCGGAUGUGUAAGGGGCAAAAUGGAGAUAACCUGAAUGAAUUUGGUAUAAGAGAAAGGCAGGGUAAGAGAAAUAAAGUAGCGGACGCAGUCGCUGGAUCUGGAAGCAACGACGAUGAACUUAUAAACGUGAAUGGAGAAUUGACCAAUCCAAUGGCGUACAUUGCAUCGCCGAUGUGUACCGUUAUGCCAAUGCAGAACCAGCUUCCGCCUCUGCAGCUCGUUCCGGUUACAAAUGGUUUUGCGUGCAUGAUGCCUUGCUGGGCCCAGAAUGGAGCCGGAGUAGUGGGAAGCGAGAGAAACGUAAUUCAACCGGUGGCGAACCGAAUUGCGGAGCCAGUGCAGGCGACGUCGGAAUCGGUUCUUAGUUUGUCAAUGUGCAGUUCCUCUACCGUCUCCGAAGACCACAGCUCUUCUCCGCAAGAGCAAGGUAGACUAGAUCGGAAGAAUGAUACAGCGGAGCGAGCAGAAGACGGCGAAAGCAUCAGCAAAUCAACAAACCACAUUGAUCAGCCAGCAUCAAAUGCUAUUGAAUCAUCAAGGAACUUGGUUUCAACUCCAGCCACUAAUACAUUCAGGGAAACAAAGGGGAAACCUCCUAAGCCUGUUAAUUCAAACCCGAACACUACUACUCUGCUUCCUCAUAUGCCCCGCGUCUCGACGACGGGGAACGGUCCGAAUGGGAAGACCGUCAAUGGUUUUCUGUAUAGAUAUACGAAAUCAGAGGUCAGUAUUGUGUGUGUUUGCCAUGGAACCACAUUCUCUCCCGCUGAGUUCGUGGAGCACGCUGGUGGCACGGAUUUAUCACAACCUUUACGACACAUUACCGUGAUUCCAUCCGCCCUUUGACAAUAAACAAAUAGCAUGUGAUAUGAGCGGUUGGUUGAACCGGAAAUCAUGUU